GCACAACUGGAUGCUGGCGCAAAUGAACAACCAGAACAACCAGAACAGCAAUGGCUACCCUCCUCCGCCGCCGCCGCCGCAGCAGCAGCAGCAACAGCAGGACCAGCACUACAAUGGCCUCUACCUACCGCAGGCCGGCGCACAGCAGAUGCUUGAUCCCUCCCAGCAGGACCAGUUGCAGUUCAGCAGCCUGAACCAGCCCAUAUAUCCCAAGGUCGAGACUCUGCCCGGCACUGGCCACAACAGUCCCGCCAGCCAGCACAUCCAGAGCCUCUCGCACGACCUGCAGCACCAUCCCGACGACCAGCCGCGACACUACAUCUCGCAUGUCUCCCAUCAGCUCCAGCAGCCGACUCCCGUGACGAGCCACCCGACGAGCGCGGCGGGACUCUCGCAGCCGCCGACGCAAACAUCGACUCCCGAGCAACCGCAGAAGACUAAUCGUCUCCGGAAGGCAUGCGAUUCGUGCUCUAUCCGGAAAGUCAAGUGCGAUGAAACGGGACCUCCAUGUAGAGCAUGCGCAGCCCUCGAUAUUCCGUGCACAUUCGAUCGACCGAGCAGACGUCGCGGACCGCCGAACCGACACGCGGAAGCGAUCAAACGAAGGCGCCUCGAAGAACAACAAAACGCAAACACGCCCGGCUCGGGCAUUUCUACGCCCACGUCACCCACCAAUGCCGCACAUGCGUUAGCAGCCCUCUCAGGACACUCCUCGACACCCCUCUCCGCAGAGUCAAUCUGUCCCAUUGAUACUUUGGAUCUCCUCAUCGACGACUUCUUCACCUAUGUCCACCCGCUCGCCCCCUUUCCCCAUGAGCCCAGUUUCCGCGAGGCGUGGAAGCACAGAGAAGAUUUGACGAACAACUCCUUCUUGGCUUUGCUCUCUUCGAUGAUCGGAGCGUUGGUCGCAUCCUUUCCGAGAAAGCCAAGACUGCACCUCAAAGCGCAAAAGCGCGAGAACAUGUUCCCGAACCACAUGAGCCUGGUGCAGCGAUGUCAGAAGGUGUGCGCAGCAGCGCGAGGCCCGGGCUAUCUCGAAAGCGACAACCUGAAUGUGUAUGAUGCAGCCACGAGCUACUUUCUUGCGCUGACCGGAGUCUACACAUUUAGAUGGCGUCUGGGUCGGCUCUACUUCGGCGAGUGCUUAACCAUCCUUCGAACUCUUGGCUUGCAUAAGGCCAAAGUGCAAAGUUAUGCCCAACUGGGCUCGCUUCCAACGGCCAUGGGAAGCCACAGCAAUGGCACUGAUCACGCCCACGAACACAGCGUCGAUAACAUCACGCUCGAAAUGGGCCGCCGCAUCUUCUGGACCAUGUUUGUCAGCCUCAAGUCCAUGGAGCAGUUGGGCGCCAACUUCGGCGAGCUCGUGAUCCCCCCUCCCACUCACAGCGAGCCAUACCCUCCGCUACCGGCUGAAGUGGACGACUUCUGCAUAUAUCCCACGCAUACAGAACAGCAGCCGUCCGGGCUCGUCCCUGUCAUCUCGGGAUUCAAUGCCAAUGUCCGCGUAUACUGCUCCUACAACACUCUGGCCACGAUGGAGAUGGCCUGGGGCAUUGACGCUAUCGUGGACUGGGAUCGACAAAAACGGGUGAUGCACGAAUCUCUCCGCCGCUGCAAGGAAGCAAUGAGCAACCUGCCCGCCGAACUUUCGCUUCGGACGGAUAUCGGGACACCUAGUCAGCAGAAUGGCGGAUUCUACCCGGCAUUCGCAUUGCAGCCCCACAUCGGGCGUGACCCAGCGCAGUCUCUGAUGAGCCCAUCGUCGCGGACCAUGACUGAGCAGAACGCCGAGGAGCGACGCCGCACUCAGCAGGAGAUUCAGAAAGCCAAUAUCUACGCCUCCAGCUUGGCUACCAGGUCGUAUCUCGUGGAGAAGUACUGGAAUCUCUGCGAGGCGCACCAUCGUUCCCGGCAGUCUCCGAACUCCCUACCCAGCUCGCCCGGGGCUGGCAUCACUGCUGCUGGCAUCGACAAGAUGGUGCCACAGAUUCCCAGCAGUCACUAUGAUAUGAUUGAGCAUGAGAUGCGUGACGAGCGUGAAAGUAUCGUCAAGGAUCUACUUACUGUCCUGGGCAGCAUUGACCAAGUCAACAUGGAGCCCAAUGCCGAUUCCUUUACCAUGAAAGUGCGUUCCAUUGCGAGCACGCUGAUGGAUACACCGGAUCAGCGGAAAGGUCCCCUGGCCACGCAAGCACAGGAGUACUUGACGGCAUUCCUGAAGAUACUGAUGAAGCUGGAACGUGUCAGCCCGGCCAAUAGCCAUGCAGACGACAGCAGCGACCUCGAGGAUGAAGAGGCCGAGUUGCGGUCCUGGGCCGACCUGCGCGAAUACCAGCUCAAAUUUACGCAACAAGGUGGUUUUCUGGGGCUGUCAUGAAGCCUUCCUUGCUUUAACAUGGAGAUGUGUAUGAUGUGCUGCUCUGUCCUUUGAUUGCUCGAUACCCCCAAAGGCCAUGAUGAUGAACAUGCCUGCGCUGUGGAAGGGCAAUGAGCCAAGGCCGUGGCGACGGCCUUUGCGCGAAUUGCUUAUUGUCAUUUGGUAGGAGUUGUGGGUCUGCUGCUUUUCGAAAUCAUCAUUUGCAUUCGUCGGGAAGUCUAGUCUGCAUUUGAACCUCGAUUCAGGAAAGCCUGAAUACAUUUUCAUCACGACCAGCUUCGUUUGCGUUUUACUUUUUCCUUCGUGUUUCGUCUCGCUCUCUCACUCUCGUCUUCGGCUCUUUCUCUUGUUUUGUUAUGUUCUCAGAGAAAGCCGACGAGGACGACGACUGGACCCACACGCGUGGAGAGGCGUGCCAUGCCCCAUGCCAUGCCAAUGUGGAUGUGGAUGAUGUGGGACCCGACCCUUACGCCAGCACCUUCUCAGCAGCAGACACGCUGACGCCCACAUUGUCCGGUUCCAAGUGCACAGCCGUGACCUUGCCGUCUUCGGUGACGAUGGCGCAGCGUUUGCCUCUGUUUUGACCGAAAAUGGCGGCCGAGUCGAAUUCCAAGUCCCAGGCUUUGGUUAGCUCCGAGUGGGGGUCGCCCAGGAAGCGGAUGCCGGACUUUGCGCCUGGAUCCAAUGAUUCGCCCCAGGCUUUCAUG